AUGAUUGAAGAAUCUCUUCGCAAAGUUCAUAUUCCAGGUGCAGUAAUCGUUGUUGUCAAUGCUACUGAUAUACUCUAUGAAGAAGCUUUUGGUUAUCAUUCUCUAUUACCGUCUAGACCAAUGAAUGUAAAUCGAUCCAUAUUUUCACUUGCUUCUAUUUCGAAAACAUUUAUUGCCGUUGCUGUCAUGCAAUUAGUCGAGAAAAAACUAGCCGAUCUCGAUACGGAUAUUAAUCAAUAUUUUUUUGAAGACAAUCAAAAAAUUUUUCAUCCAAAUUAUUCAAAUCAUUCGAUUACUUUACGUAAAUUACUUUCACAUUCUUCGUCGAUUGCUGUUGAUGAAAAACUACAAAAUACUGUCUAUCAACCGGGUGAUAGUGCAUUUGCUAAAGAGACUUUGGCUGAUAUGUGUUUCAAUGUUUUAAGUCCAAACACAUCGAAUUGGUUACCGAGACCGCCGGGAAAUGCAACACUCUAUUCCAACGAAGCAACAUCAUUGGCUGCACUCGUCGUGGAACGAAUUACUGAAAUGCCCUAUGAACAUUAUGUUGUAGAAAAUAUUUUCAAACCAUUAAAUAUUGACAUUCGUAAAACUGGUAUUCGUCUAACUGAUUUUCCGAGCAGAGACGAACUUGUUAAGCAUUAUGCCUAUGCUAUAGAUGAAUCUUCGCUUCAACAAUGGAACAAAGAAGUACCACAAUUGAGUCUUGUACAAAUGCAGGGUAAUUUUCCAAAAUGGUUAUAUUUUCCCUUUUUUGGUUUCAGUAGCUAUCCAGCUGGUCUUUUACGUAUGUCAGCUUAUUCUCUAUCGAUUUUUCUUCGAAUGUUUAUCAAUAAUGGUACUCCACUUCUGUCUGCUCAAUCCAUUACUGAAAUGAAAACUGUCGUUGGCGGUGGGCGUAUUCGUCCCUAUAACACGAAUUCGAGUAGUAACGCUACCAAUGAAAUUCCACCGCGGCGAUAUGGACUCUGUUGGCAUUGGAGAACAUUGAACAAUGGUCAUCAAUAUGUAGGUCAUAGUGGUACUUUACCAGGCAUGACACAUUUAAUGCUAAUUAAUGAAAAACAUACUAUUGGUGUUAUUGUACUUACUAAUGGUGAUGUAACUCUACCCAUAGAUUUAUCUAGACAGAUUCUCGAUACCAUAGAAAAUAUUCAUGUUGCACUUUUCAAAUGUUUUGAAACGAGUAGUGCCAAUUCAUAUGUAUUUCACAUAAACAAUAUCUUUGUAAUUUGUUUCUUUUUUCUUGUGGCUUUCGGUUUAUAA